UUUGUCUACCCAACGCACCCAAAGGAACCCAUUAAUACAACAGGAGGUUCAUCUGUGAGUGAGUCGACUAUGAGCUGCUAGUUUCGGGGUCGCACCAUGGACCUGUACACAGCAGCUCUCCUCCUGGGAGCCCUGACCUGCACUGUGAGUGGUACAGAGGUCAUCGGCUACGCCAAAACCGAAGGGGCGUGGAUCCUCUCGCUGAACAAGAGACAGUACAUGUUAAACUCUGUGGCUGAAUGUGCCACCAAAUGUGACAGUGAAACCACCUUCACCUGCAAGUCGUUCAUGUAUGUUGAAAAGGAUCAGGAGUGUGUGACGGCAACGGCAAACUCCAAAUCAGAGACAAUCCUGCGUCGAACCAGUGCAGCUUUAUAUGAAAAACAAGAAUACCUCCUGGAGUGUGUGAAUGGACUGGGAACAGAUUACAGAGGAACAAAGUCCAGAUCAAAGACGGGAAAGAUGUGUCAGAGAUGGAAAGCGAAAUUCCCACACGUGCCGAAUAUGACACCAGAACAUCACCCCCGAGCAGACCUGGACUCUAACUUCUGCAGAAACCCUGAUAGAGACAGCGGGGGACCCUGGUGUUACACCACCGACUCCAGCACCCGGUGGGAGCACUGCAACGUACCCAGCUGCACUGAGGAGUGUAUUCACUGCAGUGGUGAGAACUACAGAGGAAAAAUCUCCACCACUGAAGGCGGCUUCGCUUGCCAACGCUGGGAUUCCCAGAAACCUCACGACCACGGAUACAUCCCCCGCGUUCUCCCAGAAAAGUAUCUUGAACAGAAUUACUGCAGAAACCCUGAUGGAGACCCCCGACCCUGGUGCUUCACCACCAGCUCAUCCAAGAGAUGGGACUUCUGCUCCAUUCCCCGCUGCACCUCCGAGCCUCCCACCAUCGUCCCGGAGCUGACCUGUGCCACCGAUGAGGGCGCAGCCUACCGAGGCACCGUAUCUGUGACCGAGUCCGGCAAAACCUGCCAGAGCUGGUCGGCCCAGACGCCACAAAGACACAACCGCACCCCAGAUAACUACCCCUGCAAAGGCCUGGAUAACAACUACUGUCGUAACCCUGACAACAAGAGGAUGCCCUGGUGUUACACCACCGUCGCCGAGACUCGCUGGGAGUACUGCAAGGUGCCGAGCUGUGGAGCCGGACCAGACGAGCCCAUGAUCCUCCCAGAGGAGGACGACUGUUACGUGGGCGAUGGGACGAGUUAUCGUGGCCUCACAUCAGAGACCAUCAGCGGAAAGAAAUGUCAAAGCUGGAGUGACACGACUCCUCACAGCCACGUGAAGACUCCACAGGCGUACCCCGCAGCGGACCUCAGGGGGAAUCUGUGCAGGAACCCAGAAGGAGACCGAGCUCCCUGGUGUUACACUAUGGACCCUCGUGUCCGUUGGGAUUAUUGCAACUUGGAAAAAUGUGCUGUCAUUCCUUCAGGAGCACCCCCACUCAAACCCAGUGUGACCCAAACCCCUUCCACCGUCACCCAGGCCCCAACAGCGACAGGUCAGUCAACUCGUCUGUCAGAGUUUGAGAUUGAUUGUAAUUUUUUUUUAUCCUAUAUUCACCCCCUGGCUUCUCUUUGUGUUUCUGUGUCAGACUGUAAGAUUGGAAAUGGAGGAACAUACCAAGGUCCAACCUCCAUCACUAUCCUGGGUGUGACCUGCCAGGCCUGGAGCGCUCAGAGUCCUCGCCAACACAACAGCUUCACCCCAGAGUCCCACCCCACCAAGGGCCUGGAGGGAAAUAGCUGCAGAAACCCAGAUAACGACGUGAACGGGCCGUGGUGCUACACUACCGACAGUAACAAGAUGUGGGACUACUGUCAGAUCCCUGACUGUGUUGGACUGAAAUGCGGUUCACCAGUCAUCAAACCCAGGCGUUGUUUAAGUCGUAUAAUCGGACACUGCGUAUCCAAAGCUCACUCGUGGCCGUGGCAGAUCAGCCUCAGGACCAGUAUGGGAAUACAUUUCUGUGGAGGAACUCUGAUUCACCGUCAGUGGGUCCUCACGGCUGCACACUGCCUGGAGAGGUCCAGGCGGCCUCAAGCGUACCUGAUUGUCCUGGGAGUCCACACUGAGCUAGCCAAUGAGCCGUCCAAACAGGAGAGGAGGCUGGAAAAACUGGUGCUGGGACCCAACGGAGCCGACAUCGCUCUGCUCAAACUGGAGAGUCCGGCUCUAAUAAACGACAAAGUCCUGCCGGUGUGUCUCCCAGACAAGGAUUACGUCGUCCCCACUGGAACCGAGUGUUACGUCACUGGAUGGGGGGAAACUCAAGGUACGGGGGGCGAGGGCCUCCUGAAGGAAAAUGUUUUGUAUGUGAUCGGGAACAAGAUCUGUAACCGUCCGUCAUUUCUGAACGGACGAGUCAAAGACCACGAGAUGUGUGCUGGAAACGAGGGAGGAGCCAACAACUGCCCGGGCGACAGCGGCGGCCCUCUGGUGUGUACCGCUCAGAACAAGUACAUCCUGCAGGGCGUCACCUCCUGGGGUCUGGGAUGCGCCAACGCCAUGAAACCCGGCGUCUACGCUCGAGUCUCCAAGUUCACGGACUGGAUCGAGGCAACCAUCCAAGCCAAUUAAAUAAAAAACUAAACUUUCCACCCAAACAGCUUCAAACACGUCACAGGCAGUGGUUGAUUUUUGAUUUUUGAUUUUUGAUUUUUGAAGAUGUGCUGAUGUGUUUGUUUGGUAUUUUCUGAUGUGAACAAAGUGUCACUGGAGCUGAAGUGAAAUUAAAGUGAAGCACAAUAAGCAAAGUCCUGGUAUUAAAAUGUAAACAUGUGUUUUCUGUAAGAGCUGAAAAAUAAAACUUGAUACAAAGGAAA